UUAUUAAGUCAGAAGAAGAAGGAGGAACUACGAAAGUGCGUUAUUUCAUUUUUAUACCAUUUAAUUUAAUUAGAAAUAUAAGUAACUCAACAAUAUGUGUGUGUGAAAUUUAUAUAAUAAUAAAAACUAACAAAAGCCCCACGGCAAAGCGUGCAAAUGGCAAGAAAAUCGACGUGAAAUUAAACUGCCAGCAACAACAACAGCAACCACACAGCAGCAGCAAACAGCACACCAACAACAACAACAGCAGCAGCAAAGCAGCAGCAACAACAACAACGCAAUUGUGAUAGACAAAGAAAUAGAUUAAGAAGGGGGAGAACAACAACAACACCAACAACAAAAACAGCAAAAAAACCCAAAAAGCAAAAGCACGAAAAACAAAAACAAAACGCAACAUUUAAAUAUUUAAGCAUAUCGCGCGAGUUUAUUUAUUUUGGGCAGCUUUUUACACAUUGAUUGGAUUUGAUUUUGAUACGCAACGAACAAGAAAAUAAGCAAAUACAAGGCAAAACAAAAUUUUGCGAAAAUAAGGGAAAGCAAUGCGAUAAAAAAUAAAUAAGAAAAUACAUAACAUAAAAAGGAAAAGAGAAAAACGCUGGCGUUGACGCCGCGACACAAGAAAAAGGUGCUGAAGGAGUGGAGUGGAGGAACUGGUGUAAGGAAGGAGAAGUGUGAAGAAGGAAGCCAAAGCUGGGGACCAGCAGCUUUUGUUUUGGACUGCGAUUGCGACGACGACAUCGUCGCUGUUGCUGCUGCUGCUGACACACACUCACACGUAAACACAGACACAUAUACACAUAGUCACAGCUGAUGUCAAAUCAUUUGCAGCGUUCGUUCGUGUUCGUGUUCGUGCGCGUUUACAAUUGAUUAAAACCAAAACACACUAACACAAACAAACAGAGACACUGACAGACUCGCCAUUGUGAUUGAAAUUGAUUAAAGAUUACAAGCCUCUCAACGCUAGGUGGCGGCAGCAAGCACACAGUGAGAAGCGAAGCCAUAAGCACUGCCAACACACACACACACACACAUCAACACUUAGUCACACUCUUGGAGUUCGUGGCGGAGGAGCGGAAACAAAGGCAGCUCCAUGAUGCUGUACGUAUUCCAUGUGGACGUCGGUCGCAUGCUCAGCUUCGACAUGACCGUCGCCCUCUCCUCGGUGGAGAACCUCAAGGAGACCAUAUAUCGCCUCCACGGCAUUCCCGCCGCCAGCAUUGUGCUCCUCGUCAGCGGCGGCGAAAUGCUGACACACUCCACACAGGUGUCUUGCUACUCGGCGGGCACCGACACCAAUCCCAUCUACAUGUUUCUCACCGGCGAAGAGCGGCUGGCGCCAACGAUAGCCAGCGGCAGUUCGGGCGAUGCAGCGGACGCCGAGUUGCGUCGCCAGGUGGAGGAGAGCCACAAGCUGUCGGCGGUGCUGGAGACGGUGCGUCAGCGGUCGCAGCUGGCGCAGCAUAUGCGCGAACUGGGACGCAAGGAGGAGCAGCUGUGCGAGCGUCUGGUCCACGAGCAGCAUCUGCAGCAGCAGGGCUGGUCGGCGGUGGUGGCCAACAUGGAGGAUCUGACGAAUGAGUUUGCCGACCGAUUUCACAACUUUUGCCAGGCCUUCGAUCGGCAUCUGCAGCAGCGCGACAGCUACUUGGAGCUGUUGCGCAACUUUGGCGAUGAUCUCACGCAGCUGGCGCGGAUUCCCAUUUUGCCAGCGCUAAUGGCACUGGCCGAGGGCGAUUUCCAUGGCUUCGAUGAGCUGCUGGACAACGAUGGCGAGUUGCCAACUGUUGCGGGCGCAGGCGAGAGCAGCGUGGAGAAAAGCAGCAGCAGCACAUCGCCCAACAAGAAGCUCAAGAUGGGUCACGAUGCCGAACAAGAGGCGGAGACAUCAGAAGAGCCAACACAGACACAAACACAAACACAGACGAGGCAGCAGCAUCAGUUGAAUCUGCUGCAGUGGAUCAGCUCCAAAGGCAACCAUGCGGCACUGCAGCAAAUGUGCGACGAGUGCGUCCAGGGAUUGGAUACGUUCUCCGUGGAGAUCUACGAGAAACUCAAGCUCGAGGUGCAGAACAUCAUCAAGGUGGCCAAGAAGGAUGAUGUCAAGGAGAUCAAAGGCUUGAGUGAUCGUCUCUAUCGCCUCGACGAGUUCAAAUACAAGAUCCAGAAGAUGGUCCAGGACCAGCGGGAGCAGGCGACAGCGUUGCAACAGAACGAGGCACGAGCCCUCAAUUUGCGCGACAAUUCGGUGCUGCCCGAUCUGUGUUUGUCGCAUCGCUCGCAGCUCCAGGUGAUGCUCGACAAUCACAUCAAGAUACGCGAGUAUUGCCGUUGCAUUGCCAACUCGAAGGACGAGCUCGGACGCAAUCUGCACACCCGGCUCGGUCGCGUCGUCUGGAUCGAGAAUGGCAUGAGUGACUUUGACAAUCGGCUGUUGUUCUAUCUGCGGUGCCUGCGACGCGCCGAGCGUCACAUCAACAUCAUCGAACAGAUCCAUCGGGCGCCGAGCACCUACGUGGCCGCUGUCACCGAGGUUGUGCGUCGCAAGAUCUUCUCCGAUCAGUUUCGUCGCUGGGCCUCCCGGCUGUCGGUGGACUUCAAUCGCAUCCAUGGCGAGGAGCUGCAGCGGCGUCAGUUGUUCAAUGCCAGCUUCGAUGGCCACUUUUUGAACAUCCUCUUUCCGGGCAUGGCGGAUAUGCCGCCCACGUUUGCCAACGAGCAUCCCGAGCUCAGCUUCGACACGCGUCUGCCGCAGCUGAGCCAGAGCGACAUCGAGAUGCUGUCCACGCAGCUGCCAGAGCUGGCCACGCAGCUUCAGCUGCCCGAUAUGACGCCUGUGCUGCAGUUCUUCGAAUUCAGUCAGCAGACAUCGGAGCAGCAGCAGGUUCAGGAGAUUGAGGCAGGAGAAGAGCCGCCAGCAACGAAGCAGAGCGUCAGCACCUCCACUUGCCACAGCCUCCAAGUGGAGCAGAUGGCACGCAGCACGGCCACCGAGCAGCUGCUGAUGCUCAGCGCCAGCACGCUGACCGAGGAGAAUGCGGGCAGCGUGGAACGUUUGCGUACGGCGCUGCAGAGUAUGUCCAAGCUGGCGCUGCAGUGUCUGUCGAUGGCGCGCUCGAAUCUGAGCAGUUUGCGGCAGGAGAUGGUCACACACUAUCAGGAUGAGCUGCAGUCGGAGCUGCAGCUGCUGCAGGACAAGUGGCAAGUGCUGCGCAUGCAGUCGGAGCAGCGGCAGCAAGAGCAGCUCGAGGAGCUGCAGCAGUUGCGUGAGCAGCUCAGCACAGCGGAGCAGGAGAAGAUUAGCGCCGUGGCGCAGGCGCGUGAACAGCUCAUUCAUGAGCACAAAACGGAGCUGGAGUCGUUGCGCUGUCGCUUCAAGCUGAUGACCUCCAUGGAGCGUUCGCCGUCGGACAGCAGCCUGGAGAAGCUCGAGCGGCCGACGAGCAGUGCCAGCGUGGCCAGCCUCGAUGUGGAACAACUGUUGGCGCAACAGCGUCAGGAUAUGCUCGCCCAGCGGGAGCGCGCCAUCAGCGAAGCCGUCGAGGCGGAGCGCGCAGUGUGGCAAGCGCGACAGGCGCCUGCUGCGAUGUCGCAACUGAACUCGGAAUCUGUGAUGGCCAAUGUGUCCAUACUGCGGGACAUGCUGGAGGAUAAGGAGCGACAGCUGGACAUGCUGCGCGAGCAGAACAAUCUGCUCAUCCAGGAGAGCUAUCAGCUUAAGACACGCUUGGAUGUGCUCACCAACGAGGAUGGCAGCAGCUGGCUAAAGGAGAAGAUUGACUAUCUGAAUCGCGACAAGUGUCGGCUCGAGGAGGAGCUCAACAUGGAGAAGAGCAAGCGCAUCGAGAUGGAGUCCAGCGUGGCGGCGUUGCGAAGCUCCACUUACGAGCUGGGUGGCGGUACAAUGACGCGUUCUAGGUCGAGUGGCGCCUCGUCCAGUCAUCGCUUUAUUACGCUGGAGAAUUGCGCCAAGGGCGAUCUCGUCUUUGUCGUGUGGAGCAUUCGACACAGUCAGUUUAUGGUGGUGCAGGAUUCCCUGACGCUCUACUUUGUGCACGCCGACAGUUUGGCUGGGCUGCAGCUAACAGCUCCCGCUCCAGUUCCUGCUGUGCCUCCAACUGCGGGCGAUGCUCCGUUGGCUGUUCUGGAGUUGAAUCAAAUACCGCUGCCCUACUAUGCCAUUGGGCGCGUCAUCGACAAGGAAUAUUGUCAGGCACGCAAGGAUGAGAACCGCUAUCGGGUCAGCAAGGGAUCCAAGUUCUAUCGUAUCAAGCUGGCGCCUUUGGUGUCGCGCAAUCCACUGCGUCGCGAGCGUUUGGAAUCAAGCGGUUCGGUGGCCGGCUUUAUUAGUCGCUCGCAGUUGACGACGGCUGUGCGCGAUGCGGUGGACGCUUCAAUGGUGUCGAUGUCGGGAACGAGCCUGAGUGGCAGCAGCGUCUAUCAGAGCUUCAAGGAGCGGACGGUGAGCAUUAGCAGCGUCAACGAGGAGGAGGAUGAGUCGACGUCAUUGAUAAGCGAGCGUUGUCGCUACAUCAGCGUCAGCGAGGAGGAUGAACUGUUGGCGCUUGCCGCUGGCAGUGACAGCACAGCAACAAUCACAUCAACAACGGCAGCGGCAGCAGCAACAACAACAGCAACAACAACAACAGCGACAACAAUAACAGAAGCAGCAGCAACGGCGGCAACUCAAGCACAGUCUGUGAUAACAGAGCAGCCAACAUCCAGAAAACUGCAGUUGGAUUUACUGAAGCUGGAUCUACUGAAGUUGGCCUCUGCUGAUAUAAUAAUACAACCCUUAACACAACAACAACAACAACCAGAACGAAAGGAGGAACAAAAGGAGAAGUUAAAAGAGGAGGAUGAAUCACAGUCGGAAACUGUGGCGGAUGCAACCACAACAACCACAACGAUGACCACAAAUGAACCCAAUCCUCAAUCGGAACUGGCCGAUGAUCAGCCAGAUAAUGUUGCAACAACAGCAACAGCAGCCACAAGUGUUGCUGUCGUGGAGGCAACAACAACAACAACGGCAACAAUAAGCGAGGACUCCGAUGAGUAUCGCUCGCUGGAGGCCAAGGAUGAAGCUGAUUUUCCCAUUUCCGAAUAGUGUACGAGAAUCGCAAGAGUUAUGAUAUAUCUAGCUAUAUAUUAUUAAUAAGCUAUAGCUAUGACUACAGCUAUAGCGAUGUGCUGGAUCGUGUUUUUCUAGGCUAACACUCUUACUAUUUAUAUAGGACCGACCGAUCGACGAUCCCCCCCCAGAGAGAAUCCACGCAUAACCCUCUUCCCCAUUAUAACAAAUAAGCCACAGAAGAGCCGACUCACACACACACACAAACAAACAAACACAUACCACCACAUACACACAUACACAUGCGUACAGCACAUUAAGAUGAAAGUUAUAUACUUAAAUAAUUUAAUGUUUACAAAUUCAGCGAAGAAUGCAAGUGAAAAGAAGAAGAAAAAAAACAACAAAAACAAACAAAAAAAAACAAAGAAACUAACGGCUAACGUUCUAAUUGUAGUUUGUCUAUAGUCUUUACAUCUACUAUAAUGUACUAUAAUCUUAUCAACAGAUCUGUAAAUGAGUUCGACAAAAGUCCCACACUCCAACACAUACACAUACACACUUUACACACACAAACAAAACAAAACAAUUUUUAUUUCAAAUAAAAAUUACCACAAAAUAUGAAAUAAUCAAAUUAACUAAUUAGUUUUUUUGUUCAAAAAGCAAAGAAAAAACAAAAUCAAAAAAAAGAAAAAAUACAAUACAAAACAAAACGCAAGUAAAAAUAAAUAUUUUGAAAUUCCCUUUUAACUUUUUAGUGCCAAGAAAAUUGUUUUGCAAUUCUUAUUAAUUUCCCUAGCAAGUAAAUACCAAAUAAAAAUUAAUAUUACAAAUAUACAAACACA